GAGCAUAAUAUAUACUUCAUGCCGAUUGGUCAAAACUCGAUACCGUAAACAAAAAUGGCGGUCUUCGGAAAGCCAAAGUCGGUGACCUGCACAUGUUAUGAAAUUGGACACACAUGGACACCUUCUUGUCUCUAUGCAUCAGUAGAUGUAGCUUUUGUAGUUUUCAAACAAGCUUUGAAAGUAUAUGGAACACUCUAUACGGUGGCAGGUAUACUGAAGAAAAGAGAUCUAAAAUAUUUCAAGGAGAAGAUCUUAAAGGAGAUAGCGCAAUCUGUCCUCUUCCUGACCACAAAUGGCACACUUUUCAUUUCAUUCUUCUGCAUAUGGAGACAGCUUACAGGUUAUUACUCGUCCUAUUGUACAUUUUUGUGUGGGAUUCCAGCGUGCGCUCUGUCGGUCAGUGUGGAGAGAGCAGACAGACGAGGACUACUGGCGAUUUACAUGGCUAAUGUGGCAACAGAGACUGCAUACAGAAUGGUGCUAUCACGGGGAUGGAUAAAACCAGUGAAGCAUGGAGAGGUUUUGCUGUUCAGCGUGGCAUCUGCCAUUUACCUGUAUUUCUUCAGAAAGGGACGUCUGCCAGAUCAAACAAAAAGUGCUCUUAGUUUCCUAGUUGGUAAAGAGGAGCUGCCAAUCACAGAAAAAAGGGAGGAGCCAACUCCUAGACGUCAUGGCAACAGACUUCUCAACCAAUUAACACAGAAUGAGACCUUCCAGAGAAUUAACACAUCCCUACAGAGUACGCCCAAACACUGGCUUUGUCAACAUAGUUACGGAUGUGUUCAUUAUGUAGUUAAGAGCUUUGUGAAGAUGUUUGGGCUGGGCUUUCUAGUGCAAGGAGGAGUGAAGCUUCUGGGUGCCUUACCCAGAAUGCACAAGAAUCCAAAAGCAAUCCUGCAUGCUUUAAUACAUCAGGAUAACUUUAGACUAGGAGCGUUUCUUGGAUGUUUCAGUGCCAUUUUCAAGACUGUGAACUGUCUGCUGCGAUGGUUGCGUAACAAAGACAGCGAGACAUACGGCCUCUUGGGGGGAUUCUUAGCGGGCUGGUCCAUGCUGUGGUACAAAAGCUCCACCAUAGCACUCUACACUGCUUAUAAACUUGCAGAGGUGCUGUAUUUUAAAGGCAUUACCAGAGGGUUCCUACCUUACAUACGAUGUGCUGACAUUAUUAUAUACUCCUUAUCAACUGCCUUUGUCUUUCAUGUUGCUGUUCUUGAACCACAUAAUCUACGACCAGCGUAUUGGAGCUUCUUGCUUAAGGUUACAGGAAAUCGUUUUAGUAUGAUGAACAGGAAGCUUCUGGAACCACUGUACAAAGACGCUGCCAAAAUUGCUCCGGAUUACUGGCCAGACUAUGACAUGAGGUACACCAGCCUUACCAGAGACACAGUGCUACACAAAAGUUGAUGUUCGAGUGUCACAUGUACGGAACUGCUCAAAAACUGUGAUUUCGCUGUAUUUUUAUACACAUUGUGUGCAUUCAGAAUGAAUUACAUGUAUUUUAAUUUUGCAAUAUUUUUUCCCUAAAAAUAUCAAAAUUUAGAUUUCAGUUCAUAACAUCCUCAUAUCAAAUAGCCAUGCAAAGUUAUGGAAUCAUUUAAGACAUUUAUUUGUGUGUUCUGGUCUGAUUAAUAUUUAUUUUAGUACCGGUCAUAGUAGCUCAGUGGUCAGAGCAUUUGCUUCCCGACCAGGAAAUUGCAAGUUUGAUAUUCACUCGUGCCAUGUUUCGUGUCAAGCCUAAGAUGUAUAAAUAGGUAGUGAUUGCUCCUUUGCCAAACGCUCAGCAUUAAGAUUGGAGAAUCAUGGGUCUUUCGGAUAUGACUUAAAACAGUCCCAUACCGCUGCAGGUGUUGUUAUGUUACAGAAUAGCUGUCCGAGCAUUGGUCUAAAUUUGCAGUACUUCUCCUACAGCUGAUAACGCCUCAAUAUAAGUGAAAUAUUUUUUCAAAGGAACAUAAUACAAACUUAUAUACAUGAAUCAUUCCAUAGACACUUUUCUUCUAUUUAUAUCAAAGUAGACCAAUUCUACCUACCAUAAUAAUGCAUGUAGUACCUGUAUUUUGUCCUCAUACUGUAAUCCAUGAUCUAUUUAAAUAUGAUUUAAUGCAAAUCUCAGGAAUAUUUAGUUUUAAAUUGAUGACAAAUGAUGACUAGAAGGAUAGGUGUAUGUGUAGUAGAUCCAUUCAGUCCUGACUGAUUCAUGAUAAAGUUGUCAUCAAGUUAACUAUAGGUACAUGCUUUUCAUAGGAAUCUAAACAUACAACUUUUAAGAUUCAGUAUAAAAUUGCAUGAACUCCUGGAGUAAAAAGUGGGAAAUGGUGAAACUUUUAAAUAGAAAAUGGAUGAUAUGUUAUUGAUUUUUUUUUUCUGGAUGAAUGAAUUAUCAGACUAUAACCCCCUCCUCCCCCCCCCCCCCCCCCCCCCCCCCCCCAUACACAAACACACAUCGCACAGAGUUGAAAAUGUAUAGUCAAACCUGUCUAAUCCUAAUGUACUAGGAAAUUUUGUGCAAGUUGACGGAUUUCACAAUUGAAGGAACUGGGAAAAAAAAGUUUUGGAAUUGAAACCGAGGGUCAGAUUCAUAUAAAGACUGGUUUAACUGCAUAAAGAAAGUAUCUUAUCUUUUACAUCCACAUGAAUUGGCCAAGAAAUAUUUUGGGAAAAGUUGCACGUGUAAUAUAUAGUGAUGUGGAAAAUUAUGCAAAGACAAUAUUAUUACUCUGACAUCAAAUGUUUGUUUAUUCUGUGAUAAUAAGCUUGUCAAGAUUUUAUUUAUAUUUUUGAGAUUUAAAUUCUCCGAAAAUCUA